AUGUUUCAAUAACGAUUUGAUUAUCUCAGAUUGCCUUAGCAAGUUGCCGAUAAUAUUAUAUUAAAUCGUAAGAUAAUAUUCUAUUCUCUAUAGCUAGUAGUAUCAAGAUUGGAACUGGUUAAAAUGCUGUUAGAAAGAUCUUUAAAAUUUAGGAUUAUGAUUAAUUUGAAAGGAUGCAAAUUAAUUAAUUGAUAUCAGCUCUUUAAAGGAAUGAAAAAUAUGAUUAAAAGAAUUAUCCUGAUAGUUUAUUGUUAAGAUAUCUUUAUGCUAAUAAAUUUGAUAUCCAAUCUACUUUUAAUGUAUCAAGUAAUAUUAAGCUAGUAAUUGACUUAAACAAAUAACAUAUUAUUUUAACCUGGUUAUCUUGAUUUAACUAAUGAAAUUGAAGCCUUAUAUGUAAUAUUAUAAAAAUAAUCUUAUAGUCUAAUGGAGCCUUAUAUAUAGAAGGAAGAACUAGGAAUCAUAUUCCUUGUAUUGUAGUAUCAACAAAAUGGAUAGAUGAUUUGGUUUUAUUUGAAAGGGCAGCUGUAUUAUUAUGUGCAUUAGUUGAAGAUUAUAUGUUUUAUUAAGGUAAGGUGGAAUCUUGGAUUGCUAUAAUUUAGACUAAAGAUUAAAGUGCUUUUAAAAUGCCAUUAGAUAGGAUAUUUUAGAUUAUUCAAAUAUUGUAAAUAUGUUUCCCAAAUACUUGUGAAUCAAUUUAUAUAUUAAAUACAACUCUAUCUAUUAAUUUAUUAUGGUCUUAAAUAGAAUGUAAUAAAAUUAUCAUAAAUUAGAAUGUAUUGAUCCAGUUACAUUAAAUAAGAUUAAAUUUUUGAAAGACAAAUAAUUAACCAUUCUUAAUAAUCAAUUUGAUCCCAUGCAUUUAGAAUAAUCUUUUGGUGGUUAGAAAAUAAUAAAAUCAUAUUGGCCACCUGAUCCAAAUGAUUAUCUCUAUGAUUUGACUUAACAAUAACCAAUAUAUGAAGAGGAACCUUAAGUAUUUUACAUUUAACCCUCCAAUAAUUUAUAGUAUCUAAAUCAAGCUCCACCACUAGAAAAGGAAAUUGAAUCUUCUCUCCUUUAAAAUAAUCAAGUUUAACCACUUAAUUUUGAAUAAUAAUCUUAAUAGUUACCUUUAACAUCAACAGAGAAGAAAAAAAAGUGUAUUUGUGUUAAGUGUUCUCGAGAUCUUAAUGAAGUUGCAUCUUAACCUCGUCAACCCAAAUAAUUAGAAUCUUAACUUAUAGAAACAUCUAAUCAACCCAAAUAAUUAGAUUCCUAACUUAUAGAAACACCUAAAAUCCCCUAAUAAUAAUAAUCAGAAUAAAUUCAACAAAUAAGCGAACCAAAGGUAUUGGAUGAUACUUAUGUACCUUAUGAGAGAUAAUAUGAUAGUGUUCUUAAUGAUUCAUAUUAGAUAAAUCCUUAAAAUGUUAAUGAAUCUCUAUAAGAGAAUAAUAAUCAAAAUAAUCAGCCAUAGAUUAGUGGAAAUGAAAUUUAAUAAUAAAAAUAAUCAAAUUAAUAAUAAACAAAAUCAAAUCAAAAAUAAAAUAAACCAUCAUCAUUAAAUAAUUCUGUUAUUGUUUCUUAAUCUUAGAAUGGAUCUUAAUAAUAAUCAUCAAAAUAAUAGCCAGAAAAUUCUAAUUAUGUAAAUAAAGAGAUAUAAGCUAAUAUGGAUGAUACAUUAAUAGAUGAUAAACCAGAUUAUUAACCUAAGUAUGUGAGUAAACAUAGUAGACCAAAUUAAAUUUCUCAAUCAAAUAGAAUUAACAAUAAUAAUCCAAAUUUCAAUAAUUUGAUAAAUUAGCCCAGUUAUAAUCCUUUAAAUCAAUCUUUGUAGUCUCAAGUACCUAAUACACAGUAAUAGCUAUCUUAAUAAAAUAUACCAAUAAUUUCAUAAUAACCAUAAAGUUAAUAGCAAAUUGCAGAUCCAAUUAUAAAUGAUGGGGUUAUAUAAUAAUCUGUAAAUGGAUUGGAUUAAAAUAACUACUUAAAUAAAACUUAAUCAUAUUAUACUCCUCAGAUUUCAAGUGAUCCAAAAAAGAAAUAUGAUUUUAGUUAAUGGGAUAAAUAUAAUGAUAUACAAGAUCCAUAUCCAAUUUAAUCAUACACCUCUCCCUCUAAUAACUAAAUGAAUCCUUAUAUAUCAACAAUUCCUAUCAAAGAUAAUGUAAUUGGGGCAGAAGCUUAUAACAAGUUGUAUGAUAACACAGAGGAUUAUAAACCAGGAGAGUUUAAAUCAUCCAUAUAUAAUUUUACACCAUAUGAUUUCAAAUAUAGUGAUUAAUAAUAUUAGCCUAGAAUUGAAAACACAACAAAAUCUAAUAGGUAAGAGUAUUAUAAUUUUAAAUAGCACACCGCAAUCAUAUCAAUAAAAUCCAGGAGGAUCAUAAGCAUGCCAAAUCUUUUGA